UGAUAACAUUUGACCCGCGUUAUAAUCAAUUGAUGGAGGGAUUAUUUAAGAUGAGGACAAGUCGCACCCGUGUCAGUCCAUCUCCUAACUUCAUCUGGCACAGAACGGAAUAAAAACGUCCAAGGGCGAUGAAGUUCAAAAAUCCAGAUAACAGCAUCUCUAUGCUGGACCCGUCUCUGCUGCUGCGGCCAGAGUCGGUGUAUCGAGACAAGCCGCUGGCAUGCUUCCGCGACUACUCCGUGGACGACGCGGACCCCAUCAAGGAGCGCGUGCGACGCACCUACUACACCAUGCACACGAAUAUGACUGUGGACUUCGUUAAAAGCAAAAUGGAGAAAUGGCUGAAGUUCAACCACUUUAAGUCGACGGUGAAGGACGCGCUGAUCAAGCUCAACGAGUUGGUCGACGAGUCGGAUCCUGAUACCGAUCUGCCCAACAUCGUGCACGCCUUUCAGACCGCUGAGAGGAUCCGACAAGACUACCCUGAUGACGACUGGUUCCAGCUCAUUGGAUUGAUACAUGACCUUGGCAAAGUGAUGGCGUUCUAUGACGAACCGCAGUGGUGCGUGGUAGGUGACACCUUCCCCGUGGGCUGCCGGUGGGGACAGAGCAUCGUGUACGGAGACGACAGCUUCAAGGACAACCCCGACACGCACGACCCGAGAUUUAACACUGAAUUGGGCAUGUAUAAAGCGAAAUGCGGUAUCGAAAACCUCCUAAUGUCGUGGGGACACGAUGAAUACCUCUACAGAGUACUGAAGCAUAACAAGGCCAAGUUUCCUGAAGAAGGCUUACAGAUGAUCCGUUUCCAUUCGUUUUACCCGUGGCACGCCGGCGGAGAUUACAACCAGUUCGUCACCGAGAACGAUGAGAAGAUCAGACAAGCUGUACUUAAAUUCAACCAAUACGACUUGUACACAAAAAGUGCAAGUGCACCGGAUAUCGAGGCGCUGUGGCCGUAUUACGAGCGGCUCAUUGACAAGUACAUCCCCGGCGAGCUCGACUGGUGAACGAAUGAAUAGAUAUUUAUUUAUAGGCUAGCCAGUUAUUCGUAAUAUCAGUGUCUCGUAUCUACUACUACCUAUAGCACGUUUAACGAGGCGAGAUACAUAAUGUAAACAAUUGGACACUAGAAAGCCUAUUUUUAGAUUGAGAUUUUUUUAAUUAGUCCAGGUCUGGCUGGGAGGCUUCGGCCGUGGCUAGUUACCACCCUACCGACAAAGACGUACCGCCAAGCGACUUAGCGUUCCGGUACGAUGCCGUGUAGAAACCGAAAGGGGUGUGGAUUUUCAUCCUUCUCCUUACAAGUUAGCCCGAUUCCAUCUUAGACUGCAUCAUCACUUACCAUCAGUUGAGAUUGUAGUCAAGGGCUAACUU